AUGCCUGCGCGUUACAUACUUGAUGAAAGUGUAUUUCGCUUAUAUCGGAUUCGUUCGUCAUUGGUUUCUAUUGAUGAUGAUUCUGGUGUACGUCGUAUCGAGGAGGAGCACGCGCAGCAUUUGCGAGUUGUAUUGCGGAGAUUGAGGGAGCAGAAGCUUAUGCAAGUUCUCCAAGUGUGUAGUUUUUGGGCUCCAGUUAAGUGGCUUAAUUGGGGCAUGUGGUGUCAACGAGGGUAUUUCAGUCGACCCGAAGAAGAUAGAGGCGUGUUCAGAGUUGGCAUGACCAAUUCAGCCAUAAGUAUUCGUAUUUCCUUGUUUUGGGCAGUUAUUAAUCGGGUUUGUUCAAGGAUUUUCCUCUAUUGCAUGCCUUUGACCAAGUUACACAGAAAGGUGCUUCCAUUUGUAUGGUGGACGAGUGGCAAAGAAGAGCUUUCAGAAAAGCUCAAGAAGCUUCGACCACGCGUCAGUGUUGGUUUUGCCAUCAAGCUUCAGGUUUUACACUGUAUUUGUGAUGCCUUGAGAUUGGAUUCGGAUUUGUUAUUGAUGCAGGAGGGUAGAGUUAUGCUUAUUGCUUCUCGCAGUUUGAAGCCCCACGAGCAAGAACUACUUGUUAAUUGA